UUGAAGCCCAAAUGGCCAUUCUACCCUUCUUAACCAAAUCUGGAAAACCCCCACCACCACCCCUACAAAAACCGCCACUUUCAAAGCACAAAGCAAAAUUCCUAGACCAAAAAUGCCGCCACCACAACCGAAGACAACCCCCACCACCACCCUUCCAUGCUCAAACCCAACUCUCUUCCUCGCUUUCACUCUCCUCACUUUCCUCUCCCUCUGUCUCCUCUUCAUCUCCAACAAAAUCUCAUCUUUCCCAAAUCCCCAAAACACCCUACAAAUCUCUCAAGCUUUCAUCAAAGUCUAUGUAGCUGACCUCCCUAGAUCUCUCAACUAUGGCCUUCUUGACCAAUACUGGUCUUCCUCAAUGCCCGAUGCCCGUAUUAGCUCCGACCCAGAUCACCAGGUCCGACCCCGACCCAUAAAAAACCAAAAAUUCCCUGAUUACCCUGAGAAUCCAUUGAUUAAGCAGUACAGUGCUGAGUACUGGAUCACUGGUGACUUGAUGACUCCAGAGAAGUUAAGGUCUCGUUCUUUUGCUAAAAGGGUAUUUGAUUUUAACGAAGCUGAUGUUGUUUUUGUGCCAUUUUUUGCUACGUUGAGUGCUGAAAUGGAGCUUGCAAAAGGAAAGGGAAGUUUUAGGAGAAAAGAAGGGAACGAGGAUUAUCAAAGGCAGAAGGAAGUGGUGGAUUUUGUGAGAAAUUCCGAGGUUUGGAAGCGAUCCGGUGGGAAAGAUCAUGUCUUUGUUCUUACAGACCCAGUUGCGAUGUGGCAUGUAAGAGCUGAGAUAGCCCCAGCCAUUCUCUUGGUGGUAGACUUUGGUGGGUGGUAUAGGCUUGACUCGAAGUCGUUGAAUGGUAGUUCAUCAGAUAUGAUAAGGCAUACUCAAGUUUCACUGCUGAAAGAUGUGAUUGUUCCAUACACGCACCUGCUUCCUAGAUUGCAGUUAUCAGAGAACAAGAAACGCAAUACCCUUCUUUAUUUUAAAGGAGCCAAACAUAGGCAUCGGGGAGGCAUAGUUCGAGAAAAUUUGUGGGACUUGCUGGUUAAUGAGCCUGGUGUUAUCAUGGAAGAAGGCUUCCCUGAUGCCACUGGAAGAGAGCAGUCCAUUAGAGGGAUGAGAACAUCAGAAUUCUGUUUGCAUCCAGCUGGGGACACCCCCACUUCUUGCCGACUUUUUGAUGCCAUCCAAAGCCUGUGUAUACCUGUUAUUGUAAGCGACAACAUUGAGCUGCCAUUUGAAGGCAUGGUGGAUUACACAGAAUUCUCUGUUUUUAUUGCAGUUGAUGAUGCCUUGAAGCCCGGGUGGCUGAUGGAUCAUCUCAGAAGCAUUCCCAAGAAGCAGGAGGAGGAGUUUCGUCGAAAUAUGUCUAAGAUCCAGCUGAUAUAUCAGUAUGAAAACGGUCACCCAGGUGGUAUUGGUCCUAUUUCUCCUAAUGGUGCAGUGAAUCACGUAUGGGAAAAGAUACAUCAAAAAUUGCCUGUGAUCAAGGAAGCAAUUGUCAGAGAGAAGAGAAAACCGCCUGGUGUAUCAAUACCUUUGCGUUGCCAUUGUACCUGAACCAAAUCAAUUAAUUUUUGUUUAUUCAUGUAUUUUUUGCAGCCUACAAAGGCAGUUUAUUUCAUUUUCCCGGGGGGGGCGGGGUGAUCUCUGGUUUCACAUUUUUUCGGGAUGCUAAAAGAGUUCUUAAACAGUGUACUCCACGGAAAUUUGCCAUUUUGUUAUCAUAAAUCAGCUUCCAUUAAUGA